AUGGUGGGAGAUACACAAUGUAUAUUUGAAUCGGAAGAGGGACAUUUUAGCACUAGUCUAAAAGAGAACGAAGACCCCUCUCGUCUGCUGAUAAUUUCUACAAAUUACUUUUGCAAGGAUCACAUCGGGAGAUGCACAUUGUAUAUCUCGAAUCCGGAGAUCAUCUGAGGUUAUUUGCGGAGGAGAUGCGCAGUGGAUAUCUUAAACCUAGAGUUCAUCUGGGCAUUUGCGGAGGAGAUACACAGUGUAUAUCUUAAAGCCAGAGGCCAUCCGGGAUCAUUUGAGGAGGAAAUACGCUGCGUAUAUCCUACAGCCAGAGGUCAGACGGGGUCAAUUGCGUGUAUCGUAGAGGGACAUGCUCAGUGUAUAUCCAAAAAUAUGAGGCUAUCUGGGGCCAUUUGAAAGAUCCCAUAAGGAGAUGCUCAGUGUGUAUAAGAAACAAUGGCGUUUAUCCAGGGUCAGUUGUAGGCAUUACAAAGAGAUAUAUUAAAAAGUCAGAAGUUAUCCGUAGACAUUCGCACCGAUUGCAUAGGGAAAUACCCAUAACACCUCAAAGGAUUAGAGUUAAAGGAAUAUACAGGGAUAUUUACAGUGUAUAUCCCACAAUUUCAUGAAUUAUAGAGGGAUAUACACACUGUGUAUCCAAAAAGAACAUCUCAUUUGCAAGGUUUAUUGAGAGAUAUACUCUGCAUAUUGAAAAAUUGGGGUCCAUCUAUAGAUAUUUGAGCUGAUAUAAGUUUACAGCAAUGUAUAUCAAGGAGGUCUGUCUGGAGGGUUUCAAGUCCUAUGCAACAAGGACAGUUGUGCCUAAUUUUGAUCCGUUUUUUAAUGCUAUAACUGGUCUGAAUGGCUCAGGGAAAUCGAAUAUAUUGGACUCAAUCUGUUUCGUGCUUGGAAUUACCAAUUUACAGCAGGUAAGGGCUUCAAAUUUGCAGGAGUUGGUGUACAAGCAAGGGCAAGCCGGAGUGACAAAGGCCACUGUUUCUAUUGUUUUUGAUAAUUCUGAUCGCAGUCGCAGUCCCAUUGGUUAUGAAGAAAACACCGAGAUAACUGUAACUCGACAGAUUGUUGUGGGUGGGAGAAAUAAGUACCAGAUCAAUGGCCACCUUGCGCAACCCUCACGUGUACAGAACCUUUUUCAUUCUGUACAGCUCAAUGUCAACAACCCACAUUUUCUCAUUAUGCAAGGGCGCAUCACUAAAGUUCUUAACAUGAAGCCUCCUGAGAUCUUGUCGAUGCUUGAAGAGGCAGCAGGUACUAGAAUGUAUGAAAUGAAAAAGGAAUCUGCUCUAAAAACACUUGAAAAGAAGCAGACAAAGGUGAAUGAGAUAGAUAACGUAUUGACUGAAGAGAUUCUUCCUGCUCUUGAGAAGUUGAGGAAGGAGCGUGUGCAGUAUGUGCAAUGGGCAAAUGGCAAUGCAGAACUGGAUAGACUCAAGAGGUUUUGUAUUGCAUAUGAAUUUGUGCAAGCAGAGAAAGUGCGAGAUGAUGCUGUGAGUGGAGUUGAACAAAUGAAGUCUAAGAUUCUUGAACUUAAGAAUUCCAUGGAACAAAUACAAUUGGAAAUAAAUGAUAAGGAAAAGGCGAUAUCAGAUCUAAGUGCAGAAAAGGAGAAUCAGUUGGGUGGAUACAUGAAAGCCCUAUCUGAGAAGGUAGACAUGCUUUCUAAAGAACUUGUUAAGGAAACAUCUGUAUUCUCUAAUCAGAAAGACACUCUCAAAGCUGAGCAAAAAGCAGCUGCAAAGCUACAUAAAAGUAUUCAAGACAUUGAAAACUCUAUCCAAGAAAGAGAUGCUGCUGUUCUAAGGGCCGAUGAGGGAGCAGCUGAUCUAAAGCUUAAAGUAGAAGAUAUGAAAAAGAACUUAGAAGAUCAUGAAAAGGAAUACCAGGGGGUAUUAGCAGGUAAGAGCAGUGGGGAUGAGGAAAAAUGUCUUGAUGAUCAACUUGUAGAUGCAAAAGCAGCAGUUGGAAGUGCUGAAACUGAAGCAAAACAACUUAAGACUAAAAUUAACCACUUAGAAAAGGAAUUGAGAGAUAAGAAGAAGAUUUUAUCAUCAAAAGAAAAGGAGGCUAAUGCUGUUGAGAGAGAGCUGCAAUCUAAAAGACAGGAAGUUGAGAAAAUAAAGACAGCAAUGGAAGGUGUUGCUUAUGAAGAAGGACGCAUGGAGGCAUUAGAAAAGGAGCGUUUGCAAGAAUCUGAGGCAGUUCAGAAGUUGAAGGCCGAUAUCAGGCACCUCGAGGCUCAAUUAGGAAAUGUUCAGUUUACCUAUAAUGAUCCUGUAAAGCAUUUUGAUCGGUCAAAAGUUAAAGGUGUUGUCGCACAACUUUUAAAAGUUAAAGAUGCCUCGACAAUGACUGCAUUGGAGGUUGCUGCAGGAGGGAAGUUGUUUAAUGUGGUAGUGGAUACAGAACAAACAGGGAAGCUAUUACUUGAAAAAGGAGGUCUACGAAGAAGAGUAACGAUUAUCCCUUUAAACAAAAUCCAAGCCCAUACCAUUUCAUCGAGAAGUCAAGAAGCAGCAGCUAAACUGGUGGGCAAUGGAAAUGCAAGGCUGGCACUAUCUCUUGUUGGAUAUGAAGAUGAAAUUGAAGCAGCUAUGGCAUUUGUAUUUGGUGGUACAUUUGUUUGUAGCAAUUCGGAUGCUGCAAAGGAGAUUGCUUUUCAUAGAGAUAUACGAUCUCCGAGUGUAACUCUUGAAGGCGACAUUUUUCAGCCAAGUGGUCUUCUUACAGGUGGAAGUCGCAAGGGAGGGGGUGAGUUGUUAAGGCGGCUUCAUGCAUUGUCAGAGGCAGAGACUGAGCUUACUAUUCAUCAAAACAAGUUAACAAGGAUUGAAGCAGAGAUUGCCACGUUGUUGCCAUUGCAAAAGAAGUUUUCACAUUUGAAAUCUCAGCUAGAGCUAAAGUCCUACGAUCUUUCUCUUUUUGAAAAUAGAGCUCAGCAGAAUGAGCACCAUAAGUUAAGUGAAUUGGUUGCCGGAAUGGAAAAGGAGCUUGAAAUGUCCAAGAUAGAAGCGUUAACAAAAGAUGAACUUCACAAGACUUGUAUUUCUCGAGUGACUACCCUUGAAAAGGCAAUCAAGAAGCACAGUCAAGACCGUGAAAGUAGACUUGAAAGUCUAGAUAAAAAGAUCAAGUCAGUGAAGCAACAUAUGGUGUCAGCUUCAAAGGAGCUUAAGGGCCAUGAAGUUGAAAAAGAGAGGCUAGUUAUGGAAAAGGAGUCUGUUAUUCAGGAAAAGGCUUUACUGGAAGCUCAGUUAGUCUCAAGUGAGUCUCAAAUUAAAAUCCUUGCAGAUGAGGUGGACAAAUUAAGUAAUAAGGUUGAUGCCAUAAAAAAAGAUUAUGACCAAGCUCAAGAAGAGCUGAAUGUGAACCGUGCAAAGAUCAAAGAGCGUGAUGCUCAAAUCAAUUCCCUAGCUAAGAUGCAACACAAGCUUGAAGAGAAGAUGAGUGAUGCAAACUUAGAAGGAAAGAAACUGGAUAAUGAGAUCAAACGUUUGGAGUUGGAACAGAAGGAUUGUUCAUUAAAAGUAGAUAAGCUACUUGAGAAGCAUGAGUGGAUUGUGACAGAGAGACAACUAUUUGGAAAGGAAGGGACUGAUUAUGACUUCUCAGCUCGCAAUCCAAGAAAAGCAAGAGAGGAAUAUGAUAGAUUGCAAGCUGAGCAGUCAAGUCUAGAGAAGAGGGUCAAUAAGAAGGUGAUGACAAUGUUUGAAAAAGCAGAGGAUGAGUACAAGGAUCUUUUAUCAAAAAAGAGCAUCAUUGAGAAUGACAAAUCAAAGAUUCACAAGGUUAUUAAUGAACUAGAUGAAAAGAAGAAAGAAACUCUGAAAGUUACAUGGUUGAAAGUAAACAAGGACUUUGGAUCUAUUUUUUCAACCCUAUUACAAGGAACAAUGGCAAAAUUGGAACCUCCUGAGGGUGGUGACUUUUUGGAUGGGCUUGAGGUUAGGGUUGCCUUUGGAAGUGUAUGGAAGCAGUCCUUGUCAGAGUUGAGUGGAGGCCAACGUUCUCUUUUAGCACUUUCCUUGAUUUUGGCAUUGUUGCUUUUCAAGCCUGCGCCAUUGUACAUUCUUGAUGAGGUUGAUGCUGCUCUUGACCUCAGUCACACACAAAACAUUGGAAGAAUGAUAAAGGCACAUUUCCCUCAUUCUCAGUUUAUUGUUGUUUCUCUGAAGGAAGGCAUGUUUAGCAAUGCCAAUGUUAUAUUCCGUACAAAAUUUGUGGAUGGAGUAUCUACUGUAACAAGAACAGUGCCAGCAAAACAAAAGAAGAAAGCUUCCGAAAUCAGUCCUGAGAGGAGUCCCCUCAGGGAGAAUAGGACGAAGCAGUAGGAAGGAAAGGAAUGAGCAUUCGCAUUUUAGGACGGAAAUCCUGUAUUCAGUUGUUCAGUAUAUAAAAAUAUGAAACAUCCUGUGAAUAACUGCGGACCGAGCAACUACUUGUUGGACAUGCACUUGAUUCUUUUAACAAACCUUUGCAUCUUGGCUAUCCCAGCCAAUGUAAGCAGCUCUGCUAUAGGACGCAAGAUGUGUUCUGCAUUUCUAGAUUGUUUAUGUAGGCAGGGACUUGUAUGUGGAUCACAUUUGUAUAAGAUAGGUACUCAAUAUUGAUUCAAGGUUGGAAGCAUACAUGCAGCUUCAAGAGAACUAUAAAACAUAAGAUUUUUGCGAUAAUCUUUGGUUGCUUGUAUGAAAGAACCCUUCGUGGAAUUGUGUUUUGGGAUUAACAUAAAUUGCUAGUUUGGGACUCAAGUUUUUCCUUUUUCCUGAAAGUGCUAUACAUUCAUUCUGUCA